CGGUAUUCGUUUUUUAAAGCAUAGAGAAUAGUACGUUUUUAGUACGGUGUGACAAUUACGGAGUAAGCAACCAAUCAAAUUACAUUAGUAAUAAUUAAGAAAAGAAGGAAAUAUAUGGUUUUGAACCAAAAACAAAAUGACAUUUUGUAGUCUCGUGGAUUUCGUCUUCGUUCAUCACUUGAUAAAUUCUCAGGCGUGAUAUUCCCACUGCUUCUCCGGUUUCUUACCCUAGCUGGCCGACUGCUUCGCAUUCACUGGUGAUGGAUGGCCAUGGAAAUUUGACUUAUAAGAAUUGGAACUUCUUCGACCCGAUGAAGGGCAAUUUGGGUCUGCAACUCAUGCCUACCUUUGCAGAAAAGCAACUAUUUGGCAGCGGUGGCGGUGGUGGAGGACGUGAACGCCAGCAACACUAUGAACCCCAUCACCCUCACCUCCCAGGUGUCAUGGCAUUGACCAAUCCAGGCCUUUAUCAACAUCACCGGAUUGGUGGGAUAUCGGAAUCCGCAAUGCCAAUGGAGUACAUGAGGGAUGCAUGGCUUAACCAUAGUAGAGAGAAGUGUCUGAAUGUCCUCUCCUCAGGGAAUCAACACCACCCCCACCUUUCAGGCUAUGGUUUCUUUUCCGAAACCUCUUCAGCUCAGCCCAUUCAAUCCUUGCAACACCAACCAAUCCUGCCAAAAACUGAAACCGAACAUUGUCAGAUGGAGGUGCUCUGUGAAGAAAAGUUAGGCAGUGGGCUUGUCAAGAAGAGGGAAGGUGAUAAAUCCCAAAUCCAGAAAUUUCCCACACCUAAAAAGCCAAAGAGAAGCUCUAAGCUCCCACUAGAUGAGUGUCCCGCUCUUCCUAUCCAAUCUAUUCCACGGGCGAGGGCUCCCAAAAGGAGUGCAGAAGUUGUUAUUAAUGGUAUGAGUAUGGACAUCUCGGGAAUUCCUGUACCUGUCUGUUCGUGCACAGGGAACCCACAGCAGUGUUAUAGGUGGGGCUCUGGUGGGUGGCAAUCUGCAUGCUGUACCACUAAUUUAUCCUCUUAUCCAUUGCCUAUGAGUGCAAAAAGGCGUGGGGCAAGGAUAGCUGGAAGGAAGAUGAGUCUAGGAGCAUUUAAGAAAGUGUUGGAGAAACUUGCAUCUGAAGGGUAUAGUUUCUCCAACCCAAUUGAUCUCAAGCCUUACUGGGCAAAGCAUGGCACCAACAAGUUUGUCACUAUCCGUUAAACUAAUGAAAGAUUAAUGUUUAUGUUGGCCUCUAGAUUGCCUUCGCGCAAUUUUUUUGGUGUAUAUAUUUGAGUAUGGCCAAGAACGAGGCUUCUCAACUAGUGAAAUUUAGAAUGGAACCCAAUUUUUCUUUAAAUUUUGAACUUUUUGGCAGUUUGAUAAGAAUGUUCUUUUUGCAGCUACCUUCAGUUGUCUGAGAGGAGAGGAUCAUUCCUGUCGUAGUGAUAGGCAUGGAAAUUAUUUAUGAUUUUAUUUUUUUGCCAGCUGUGGGAUCUUCUUUCACUUGGUAUUCGGUAUUCCUUAAUUUUAUGCGGCAUAUUAUGAUUUUAUGACA